GCGCCCUUAUAAACGCGCCUAAACUUGAGGUUGCAUUAAUUUCAACGGUCGCACUGUCUUUCGUCGAAGCCGUCGCAUUUCGAUAUAAGACUCUUUCGCCCGAUAUAUUGAACAGAGAAAUUUUUCUACAGUUCAUUUUGCUAUAAUUCUGCAUCAACAUGCGCGAGUGUAUUUCUGUCCACGUUGGCCAAGCCGGAGUGCAGAUUGGUAACGCUUGUUGGGAGUUGUACUGCUUGGAGCAUGGAAUUCAGCCUGAUGGUCAAAUGCCCAGUGACAAGACAAUCGGUGGAGGAGAUGAUUCCUUCAACACAUUUUUCAGCGAGACCGGAGCAGGAAAACACGUUCCUCGCGCCGUCUUUGUUGAUUUGGAACCAACUGUCGUUGAUGAAGUUCGUACUGGCACCUACAGGCAAUUGUUCCACCCAGAACAGUUGAUCACUGGUAAAGAAGAUGCUGCAAAUAACUAUGCUCGUGGGCACUACACUGUUGGAAAAGAAAUGAUUGAUCUUGUUCUGGACAGGAUCAGGAAAUUGGCUGAUCAGUGCACUGGCUUGCAAGGUUUCCUUAUCUUCCAUUCUUUUGGUGGUGGUACUGGCUCUGGAUUCACAUCAUUGCUCAUGGAGCGCCUGUCUGUGGACUAUGGCAAGAAAUCCAAACUGGAAUUCUCUAUUUACCCCGCACCACAGAUUGCCACAGCUGUUGUGGAGCCUUACAACUCCAUUCUGACAACACACACCACUCUGGAGCACUCUGACUGUGCCUUUAUGGUGGACAAUGAGGCCAUCUAUGACAUCUGCCGUCGUAACCUGGACAUUGAAAGACCCACUUACACCAACCUGAACAGACUGAUUGGUCAGAUUGUGUCGUCCAUCACUGCAUCACUCCGUUUUGAUGGUGCCUUGAAUGUUGACUUGACAGAAUUUCAGACCAACUUGGUGCCAUACCCUCGUAUUCACUUCCCUCUGGCCACUUAUGCUCCGGUGAUCUCAGCAGAGAAAGCCUAUCAUGAGCAGUUGAGUGUUGCUGAAAUCACCAAUGCCUGCUUUGAGCCAGCCAAUCAGAUGGUGAAAUGUGACCCACGUCAUGGUAAAUAUAUGGCCUGUUGUUUGUUGUACCGUGGUGAUGUGGUUCCAAAGGAUGUGAAUGCAGCCAUUGCAACAAUCAAGACCAAGAGAACCAUUCAGUUUGUUGAUUGGUGUCCAACUGGAUUUAAGGUUGGAAUCAACUACCAGCCUCCCACAGUUGUUCCUGGUGGUGACCUGGCCAAAGUACAACGCGCUGUGUGCAUGUUGAGUAACACCACAGCUAUUGCUGAGGCCUGGGCCCGUCUGGAUCACAAGUUUGAUCUGAUGUAUGCAAAGCGUGCAUUUGUCCACUGGUAUGUGGGUGAGGGUAUGGAGGAAGGAGAGUUCUCUGAGGCUCGUGAAGAUUUGGCAGCAUUGGAAAAGGAUUAUGAAGAGGUUGGAGUGGAUUCCGUUGAUGCUGAAGGUGAGGAAGAAGGGGAGGAAUAUUAGACAAAACAAGACCACCCUGGAAGAAAAAAUUAAUGCUUUUGUGUUUUGAGAUUGAGUUCUGUGAUAUUGUGUUGUAAGAUUGAGGAAUAAAUGUUUGUUUCAUGACU